ACAACUUUAUAUGAAAUCAGUCGGACAACCUUACGAAACUCUUUACACCUAACACUAUAAAAUACACUAGAAUUUCCCUUGUUGUAGACAAUGUCGAAGCGCAACAAGGAGGGCGAUGAAUUGCUGCGCAGGAAGCAUGCGAGGAUGCGUUUCAAGAAACUCAUUCGCAUUGCAUUGGCCAACACUUUGUGGAUCACCGAGGUCGACGAUGGCGGCUUCACAUUGAAUGUGCGCAAAAAUGUGGCAAUGAUGGUGCGCAAGAAGCACAAGACUGGCAUACUCACCAUGGCACAAAAAGGACUCUUGGCCACAGCGCAUCACAAACGCACCAUCGAGGAGCGAAAGAAACUCUGUCUUAUCGUUGCGGGUCUCGGCAGCUUUGCUCAAGUGCCACCGAAAAUUCGCGCUCGUCUUGUGCCGCAUUUGCGCUUCAUGCAGAUUGCCGCGGGUCGUAUCCUGAUGAAGGAGGGCGAUGUGGCCAUCUGCGUUUAUUUUGUGGUUAGCGGAGAUAUUGAGAUGUCCCGAAAGGUGUGGAACAAGGUUACACGAAAAAUGGAAUCGAAGCCCGAGGUUUUUUGUGGUCCCGGCGAUUGGAUCGGGGAAGUGGAACUUUUGGAGAAAGGUCUGCGAAUGGACACAUACACAGCCAUAACUAAUUGUGAAAUUCUGGUGCUGGACGAUGUUAAUUUCAAGACCAUUUUGAUGCCGUAUGUGAAGAAAGUUUGGCUGGAGAAAAAGAAAGCAAUUGCCUCGCUGAGCUAUUUGCGCUUCAUGACCGAAGCUCAGGUGGUGAGUGCUUGUAAGUUUGGAAUGAUACGACAGUAUGAUCCGAUGAGCACAAUUUAUCCCGAGGAGAAGGACAGCAUAAAUCAUGUGCACUUUGUGCUCAGUGGCGAGUGUGUGCUUCUGCAGUGCUUGCACAUGAAGGUGAACACUGUGAAGGGCGAACUGCAGUAUGAGCUGCCCGAGGUGUUGAAGGACGAGAGCGAGAACGAUGCGGAAGACGACAAACCGGAACCAUUCGAUGUCCGAGAAAUCUUGCGAUCGAGCUCAUCGCUCGAUGAACUCGGCUACAAUAAGAAGAAAGCAAAACGCAAAGCGGAAUUCUCGAAAAUCGAAGCACAUUGUGAGUUCUUGAAUCAGAAACCAAAACCGGUUGAAGAGGAGCCACCAGCCAUGCCUCAUCGACGUCAUUAUGCCAAAUCGAUUGCCAAUGCCGAAGUGGCGGAUGUGCGCAAAUCGAGCUAUCGAGUAAUCGAUCAAUUCGAGGACUUCUAUGGCGACUUUUCGGAGGAUGAAUACGAUGAAUUUCGCAUUUCCGGUUCGAUGAUAAAUCGUUAUUACUCCUCGAGUCUAGUGAAUCAGCUUGCCGAGGGCCGAGAGGCGGCUAUCUCAUUUAUGGGUCACAAGUCGAGCAAAUCCAAUCAAAUGAUGUUGGAAGAAGUCGAAUCGGAGGAGUCGGAGAUAUUUACCGCUACGACGCGCUCUGCGACAACAGCGUCAACAAAAUCGUUAUCGAUCAGAGCGUCGAAAGAUGACAACUAUGCCACACACUUUAUCGACAUUGGAUCCAUGUACUUCGGUGGCCUCUGCGGCGUUGGCGAGACGAACGAUCAUCGCGUUCUCAUGGCGCGAACCACAGUUCAGUGCUUGCUAAUACCCCGCUAUUGGUUGAUGGAGGACGAACAGAAUCCUGGCCACAUCUGGCAGCGUAUGCGCUUCUAUUUGGAUCGCUGUAUUCCCUCGAGAAAGACACUCUUCCGCGAUUUCAUCAAGUCUCGCAAAUGGUCAAAUUUCAAGGAUGAUUGUGUCGAGCCAUUUACGCAUUCGACCACAAAUCCGACCAAAAUUGAGGAUAUACCAAUCUUCAUUCGUAUCGUCAAGUCAAAGGAGUCACCAACACACGAUCAUUAAAUUGUAAUACAUUUUGUAAAAUUUGUAUUGACUUUCCACCAUCAUCAAUAAAUU